AUCCCCUGUAUUCCCUCUCUUUAGCCGAUCUCUAUAAAAUUGCACCCGGGCAACUACUCUUUUCAGCUCCCCCGAUAUCUCUUUCACUGCUGCCAGGAGAUGGAGCUUUCUGUUUGCCUCGCCUCCAUCAAGGAGCAUCCGGCCUGGAUCCUCGCCCUCUCAUUCCUCGGUCUCCUCUCUCUGAUUAAGGUUUCCGUCGCCACACUCCGCUGGGUCUUUUUCAGCUUCAUUCGCCCUGGCAAGAACCUCAAACGCUACGGUUCCUGGGCCAUCGUCACGGGCGCAACCGAUGGCAUCGGCCGCGCCCUCGCCUUCCAACUCGUCCGGCGCGGCCUCGGCGUUGUCCUCGUCGGCCGCAGCCCCGAUAAGCUCGUCAACGUCUCAGCCGCUAUCCGCGACAAGCACCCCAAUGCCAGGGUUGAGACCGUGCAAAUUGACUUCGCCGGUGGUCUUGUCGAGGGAGUUGCCAGGUUAAGAAAAGCCAUCGAGGGGAUGGAUGUCGGGAUCCUCGUUAACAACGCCGGAAUGUCGUAUCCUUUCGCCAAGUACUUGCACGAAGUGGAGGAGAAUCUGAUUAAGGAUUUGAUCAAAGUAAACGUGGAGGGGUUGACGAGGGUGACUCACGCAGUGCUACCGGGGAUGGUGGAGAGGAAGAGAGGCGCGGUUUUGAAUAUUGGAUCGGGGGCCUCUACUGUUCUUCCAUCAGAUCCGCUCUAUGCCAUCUAUGCAGCCAGUAAAGCGUAUGCUGAUCAAUUUUCGAAGUGCCUUUAUGUUGAGGUCAAAGAUAAGGGAAUUGAUGUGCAGUGCCAAGUUCCCCUAUACGUAGCAACGAAGAUGGCAUCUAUUCGGAGAUCUUCCUUCUUCGUGCCAUCAGCUGACACGUAUGCUCAGUCUGCCUUACAGUGGAUAGGCUAUGAGCCAAGAUGCACUCCAUACUGGCCUCAUUCUCUGUUAUGGACGCUGGUCUCCAUUUUGCCUGUUGGUGUAGUUGAUAAAUGGCGCCUUGGCUUUUGCCUCAACAUACGCAAGGGAAGAUUGCUAAAAGAAUUGGCAAAGAAGCACCAGUAACCUGAGGGAUAACUGUAACUGUUAAAGGGCGACCUCAGCUUUUGUUUUAAUGCUUGAAUAACUGCCCAACUGGUUUAGAUUUUACAGCCUUUUA